AAUUCUCCUUUUUUAUUUGUUUUCCUGUCAAUUUUACUAUUACCAUGAAAGUGUUGUUUUAGUGUUUCUGUUGUUGCUAUUUUUUGCUGCACCCACUUCCCCACUUGUCUUAAUUUGCCUGUUUACAUGCUCACAUUUUCUUUACAGUUUUUUUUUUUACCUGCUUUUCUGGGAAAAAAGUGAAAUCCAGCUUCAUAGCACUUGAUUGCUUGGUUAGUUCAAGAAAAAGGUGGGGUUUUUUUCGCAUUGAUUUCUGAUUACUGCUUUUGCUGGGAAAAUAAAGGUGUGGGACUGUGGGGGUGAGUUUUUAAUUUUAAUUUCCUUGAUCUUACUUAUAUUUUCAUUUGAUUUAGUUUUCUGGGUGAUCUUUAAUUCAAGUAUUGACAUGAUUAAUGCUUUCUCUUGCCUUGAAUUGGAAGAAGCCAACAACAAACUUCAGUGAAUAGUUGUCAAUCAUGGUAUCAAGGUCUUAUUCAAACUUACUAGAUCUUGCUUCGGGCCAGUUCCCGAGUUUAUGCCGGGGGGAGAAGAGGUUUCCUAGGGUAAAAACUGUUGCUGGUGUAUUAUCUGAGUUAGAUGAUGAAACUAGCAAUAGUGUAAGCUCUGAUGCACCUUCUUCCAUAACUCAAGAACGCGUAAUUAUAGUGGGAAACCAGCUUCCACUUCGAGUACACUAUGAUGGUGAAAAUGGAGGGAGGUACUUUAGUUGGGAUGAUGAUUCCCUUCUUUUGCAGCUUAAAGAUGGUCUUGCUGAAGAUGUUGAAAUUGUUUAUAUAGGGGGUCUAAGAGAACAGAUUGACCAAAGUGAACAGGACAGUGUAGCACAUACUUUGUUUGAGAAUUUCAAAUGUGUCCCAACCUUUCUUCCUCCUGAACUCUUCACUAAAUUCUAUCAUGGAUUCUGUAAACAGCAUUUGUGGCCUUUGUUUCAUUACAUGCUGCCUCUUUCACCUGAUCUUGGUGGUCGUUUUGACCGGUCUCUUUGGCAGGCGUAUGUGUCAGUAAACAAGAUUUUUGCUGAUAAAGUUAUGGAAGUCAUUAGCCCUGAUGAUGAUUAUGUUUGGGUACAUGACUAUCAUUUGAUGGUACUUCCAACUUUUUUAAGGAAGCGUUGUAAUAGGGUGAAACUCGGGUUUUUCCUACAUAGUCCGUUCCCUUCUUCCGAGAUUUACAGGACUCUUCCUGUUAGAGAUGAAAUUCUGAAAGCACUUCUGAAUUCUGACCUAAUUGGUUUUCAUACUUUUGAUUAUGCUAGACAUUUCCUCUCAUGUUGUAGUAGAAUGCUAGGGCUUUCAUACCAAUCUAAACGAGGCUACAUCGGUUUGGAGUAUUACGGCCGAACUGUUAGCAUUAAGAUUCUUCCUGUUGGAAUUCAUAUGGGUCAGCUAAAAUCUGUGAUGAAUCUUUCUGAAACAGAACUCAGAGUGUCAGAGCUAAGAGAACAGUUUAAAGGUCAGACUGUUAUGCUUGGGGUUGAUGAUAUGGACAUCUUUAAAGGCAUCAGCUUGAAACUUCUGGCUAUGGAGCAAUUACUACUUCAACAUCCUGAUAAAAGGGGUAAGGUUGUUUUGGUACAAAUUGCUAAUCCGGCAAGAGGACGUGGUAAAGAUGUACAAGAAGUUCAAUCUGAAACAAGUGCAACAGUAAAAAGGAUCAAUGCAACAUUUGGUAAAUCAGGGUACAAACCUGUUAUACUAAUUGAUACACCACUCCAGUUUUAUGAGCGGAUUGCUUAUUAUGUGAUUGCUGAAUGUUGCCUUGUUACAGCAGUUAGGGAUGGGAUGAACCUCAUACCUUAUGAGUAUGUAAUAAGCAGACAGGGUAACGAAAAUCUAGACCGAGCAUUGGGGUUGGGACCCACAAUACCAAAGAAGAGCAUGUUGGUUGUUUCUGAGUUUAUUGGGUGCUCACCUUCACUUAGCGGGGCGGUUCGGGUUAACCCUUGGAACAUUGAUUCUGUAGCUGAAGCAAUGGAAUCUGGGCUAACUAUUCCAGAUUCCGAGAAACAGUUACGCCAUGAAAAACACCAUAGAUUUGUGAGCACACAUGAUGUUGCAUUUUGGGCGCGUAGUUUUUUACAGGAUCUUGAAAGAGCAUGUAGGGAACAUGUUAAGAGGAGGUGUUGGGGUAUCGGGUUUGGACUAGGGUUUCGGGUUGUUGCUCUUGAUCCGAGUUUUAGGAAGUUGUCACUUGAGCAUAUUGUUUCGGCUUAUAAGAGGACAAAGAACCGGGCUUUUCUUUUGGAUUGUGAUGGUACUAUGAUGAUGCAGAGUUCAGUGAGUAUAAAUCCUAAUGUGGAGGCUGUUAAAGUGUUGAAUAGUCUGUGUAGAGAUCCAAAAAAUGUUGUUUUCUUAGUUAGUGGAAAGGAUAGAAGAAAGCUGUCUGAAUGGUUUUCUUCUUGUGAAAACCUUGGAAUUGCAGCAGAGCAUGGAUACUUUCUCAGGCAUAAUAAUAAUGCUGAUUGGGAGACUUGCAAACCUAUUUCGAAUUUCGACUGGAAACAUGUGGCUGAGCCAGUGAUGCAGCUAUAUGCUGAGACAACUGAUGGAUCUUUCAUAGAGACAAAAGAAAGUGCACUUGUCUGGAAUUACAGAUAUGCAGAUCGAGAUUUUGGAUCAUGCCAGGCGAAGGAGUUGCUAGAUCAUCUGGAAAGUGUUCUUGCCAAUGAGCCUGUUUCUGUCAAAAGUGGUCAAUACAUUGUUGAAGUUAAACCACAGGGAAUUAACAAGGGUCUAGUAGCACAACGUCUCCUCGCAACAAUGCAGCAAAAAGGGAUGAUCCCAGAUUUCGUCCUCUGCAUCGGUGAUGAUAGGUCAGACGAAGACAUGUUCGAGGUUAUAUCGAGUGCAAGAACAACUUCAUCACUUUCACCCGUAGCCGAAGUGUUUGCCUGUACCGUUGGGCAGAAGCCGAGCAAAGCUAAGUACUACGUCGAAGAUACAAGCGAGAUUCUAAGGAUGUUGGAGGGGCUUGCUGCUGCAACAGAGCAUGCAGCUAUGAAUGGUAACCUUGAUCCUAAACAAGGCAUCUUUGAUAAGUGAGGGUUAAUCACUUCACUCACUUUUGCUUGAUCCCUUUUUUUAUCUUGUAUAGUGUUAUUUAUUAGGCUCUGAUUUGUAAAACCAGUACUACAUCAUUUUCCUAGGCAUUUACCUGAGUACUAUUUAGGGUGUUCUUAGUAGAUUGAUAUUAAUGAUGAUUAAAAGGUUUGAAGGA